AACAAAGGAGGAGUGGAUUUAAUUCACAUGCAAGUAUAACAAAUAUUGCUUUGCAUGAUUUUCUUUACCUUUGAUUCAGCCUCUUCAAUUCAGAAGUGAUAUCAGUUCUUCAAGCAUGGAAAUCGACUCACAUUGUUCUUUCUACAGCGUGGAACAAUUAGGAACAAUUGCACCCAAAGUCCUUGAAAUCGCGAACGAAGUGGACACAAUAAUCAGAUUCAGAAGCUUUGACAAGAUUGGUAUCAGCUGGAAAGAGGCUCCAAUACCCAUUAUUUAUGAUACGCCAAAACUUCUUACUGAGAGAAGGUUUUUUGUCCUUCUCUCUGAUGUCAAACGAUUAUCCAAAAGGCAUGUGUAUACAAAGAUGAUGGCUGAGAAUCUUUCAAGCUUGUAUGUAGGAGAACUUUCGCAGGCACCUGUUCUUGAAAGAAUAUUUAAGGUGGUUGAUAAAGCCGUUCCCGGGGUGCCUAUUAAUAUUAAUAUAUAUUAUGUGAGUAUUCGCUUCUUGGACAGUGGAAGUAGUGCUGGCAUUGGGGAUAUAACACCUCACUUAUCGGGAGGGUCAAGGCGUUCAAACGAUGAAGUUAUUAUUGAUAGGGCUACAAUAUUUAAGCCGAUUCCUGCAACUAAAUCAUCCAUUGAGGCUUUGGAGAAACUGAUGCCUGAUAGUUUGGAUGCUAAUGUAAGAGAGACACCAUGUGCCAUUUGUAGAGAGGCUCUUGAUCACUUCAUUGCUGUAGAAGCGGAGACUGAUCAUCAGCCGGUAAUUAGACGCUUGCCCUGCUCGCAUAUGUAUCAUGGAGAUUGCAUAGACCUGUGGCUUGAUAUAAAUAACUUUUGUCCCGUGUGCCGAUAUUCGUUGGCAGCCGUGGAAGCUGUUAGAGAGGCAUCAAUGCCUGGUUUUGCAAGCGAAGCCAUUGAUAAGAUACUUCCCUCAGGAAGAAGGCGGCUGGAUUGGCCUAGGAUCAUGAUUUCUGCCGUUGGCGCUCAGAAUGCUCAAGCGGACCAUUGGAGAAACAGAGCUGGUGGGUUUCUUAUACAGUGAUUACUUGCACCAUUUGGCAUGUUGAGUUGCUACUGUUCGAAACAAACACCGAUUAAUGCAAUUCUCGAGAAAUUCAUUGUGAGAACUUUACCAGAAGUCUCUCUACAAUCAAAGGCUCAAUCUAUCAAGAAACCACUGUGCGAAGAACAAAUUUUACAGUUUCUGUAAUGACAUCAAAGGGGAAGAGGCCGAUACAAAGUUGGGAAAAGCGAAGGGAUCAAAAAGUCUGGUGAAGUCAAAAUGGUGGAUAUCAGAUAGAAUAGAACCCAGAUUUGAGUAGCUUUUAACCAUCUCACAAAGCAUGAACUGUUUAGUUCAAGAUAAUUGUUUACUCCACAAAUUGCUAUUAUUGAAAUGUAACUACAGUAUUUUCUUUGCUUGGUGCUGUCAAGUGUGUGUUACUAAUGUAAAAUGUUAAACACUUAAAUGCCAUGAGAUUUUAAACUGC